UAUCCUGCAGCCUCGUUCUGACAGACAGGUGAACGGGGCGACGACGCCAUGUUGAGCGAAAACGGAAGUGUAUCAGUCUGCUGUUAAAACAUAUUUUGAAUGUUUGUGAAGAGAAACCGGACACUUUAGAAGUAAAAAACUACAUUGGAGGCAUUGGAACUGAAUUCUACUUUUAUUUACCCGCCAGAAAGGGACGUUCCUCUUUGUGGGACUCUUUUGUGCAACUUUACUCUGACUGACAGCGUCAAAUCACUUCACGGGGGUGAUCGCAAGUUAAAGAUCGGGACUUGAAGAUGCCGCUGGCGCAGUUUGCAGACCCCUGGCAGAAGCUGCCUGUGGGACAUAUGGAGAAUGAGGAUGACUCCAUGGUAGAUGAUGAUGCUCCAGUUCAAGAUGAGGGCUCUGUCAAGGAAAUCAGCAUCACUCACCACGUCAAGGAGGGUUCGGAGAAAGCGGACCCACGACAGUUUGAGCUCUGCAAGGUUCUGGGCCAGGGCUCUUUUGGCAAGGUGUUCCUUGUCAAGAAGAUAACUGGGCCCGAUGCAGGACAGCUCUAUGCUAUGAAAGUACUAAAGAAAGCUACAUUGAAAGUACGAGAUCGAAUGCGUACAAAGAUGGAAAGAGACAUCCUAGUUGAGGUCAACCAUCCUUUUAUUGUUAAACUGCACUAUGCAUUUCAGACAGAAGGUAAACUCUAUCUGAUUCUGGACUUCCUCAGAGGAGGAGAUCUCUUCACUCGCCUGUCCAAAGAGGUGAUGUUUACAGAGGAGGAUGUAAAGUUCUACCUUGCAGAGCUGGCUUUGGCUUUGGACCAUUUACAUGGACUGGGAAUCAUCUACAGAGAUCUCAAACCAGAAAAUAUUCUUUUGGAUAAUGAUGGACACAUCAAACUUACAGACUUUGGGUUGAGUAAAGAGUCCAUUGACCAUGAGAACAAGGCAUAUUCAUUUUGUGGUACGGUGGAGUAUAUGGCUCCAGAGGUUGUCAACCGCAGAGGUCAUACCCACAGUGCUGAUUGGUGGUCCUAUGGCGUGCUAAUGUUUGAAAUGCUGACUGGAACACUUCCGUUCCAAGGGAAAGACCGCAAGGAAACCAUGACAAUGAUCUUAAAGGCUAAGCUAGGAAUGCCUCAGUUUCUCAGCCCUGAGGCCCAGUCUCUGCUCCGCAAUCUGUUCAAGAGGAAUCCUGGCAACCGCUUAGGAGCUGGGCCUGAUGGAGUAGAAGAGAUCAAAAGACAUUCAUUCUUCAGCACAAUUGACUGGAAUAAAUUAUUCAGAAAGGAAGUGCCUCCUCCCUUUAAGCCUGCCAUCCAGAGGCCAGAUGAUACAAUCUACUUUGACACAGAGUUCACUGCCAAAACCCCACGAGACUCUCCUGGUAUCCCUCCUAGUGCCAAUGCUCAUCAGCUCUUCAGAGGGUUUAGCUUUGUUGCUAUGGGAGUAGAAGAGGAAAGCCAGCCACCCAUUCAGAGCAAUGUCAACUUGAGCGGCAUACUGCAGCAACCCCACCGGAGCACGCUUCAGUUCACAGAUGUGUAUGAUGUUAAAGAAGACAUUGGUGUGGGCUCCUAUUCCAUCUGCAAGCGCUGUGUGCACAAGAGCUCAGGCAUGGACUAUGCAGUUAAGAUUAUCAAUAAGGAGAGGAGAGAUCCAGCAGAGGAGGUUGAGAUUCUGCUACGAUAUGGACAACAUCCCAACAUCAUUACUCUGAAGGACGUGUUUGAUGAUGGGCGAUCAGUGUACCUGGUCACAGAGUUGAUGAAAGGUGGAGAACUACUGGAUAAAAUCCUCAGACAAAAGUUUUUCUCUGAGAGAGAGGCCAGCGCUGUCCUCCACACCAUUACAAAGACUGUUGAAUAUCUGCAUGCCCAAGGGGUAGUACACAGAGACCUAAAGCCCAGUAAUAUAUUGUAUGUGGAUGAAUCGGGCAACCCAGAAUCAAUCAGGAUCUGUGAUUUUGGUUUUGCCAAACAACUUAGAGCAGAAAACGGGCUGCUGAUGACACCUUGCUACACUGCAAACUUUGUUGCUCCAGAGGUCCUGAAGAAGCAAGGCUAUGAUGCAGCUUGUGAUAUAUGGAGUCUGGGAGUUCUCCUUUAUACCAUGCUCACAGGGUUCACUCCAUUUGCUAAUGGCCCGGAAGAUACACCGGAAGAAAUUCUAGCUCGGAUUGGCAGUGGGAAAUUUUCCCUGACUGGUGGAUACUGGAAUUCUGUAUCUUUUGAGGCAAAGGACCUGGUAUCAAAGAUGCUUCACGUUGACCCUCAUAAGAGAUUGACCGCUGCUCAAGUUCUUCGUCACCCAUGGAUAAUCAACAAAGACCAGCUACCCAAAUACCAACUCAACCGCCAGGACGCCCCUCAUCUAGUGAAGGGAGCGAUGGCAGCCACUUAUUCGGCCCUAAACAGAAAUGUUUCUCCCGUACUGGAGCCGGUGGGUUGCUCCACUCUUGCUCAGCGCCGUGGUGUCAAAAAGCUGACCUCUACCGCCCUGUAAUCUUUCAAAUCUAACCCCAAACUACAAAUGGCACAUAAGUUUGCGAGAUAUCUGUCGAUUCUAGCUUUAUCAUGUAAUGGCAGUCGAAACCAAAAGAAAAAAAAUAACACUUUUUUUUCAGUUCUUGUAAUUCAUUAUCACUGCAUCACCAUGUAGAAUAUUAUACAACACUCUUAGGAGAAUGUUAAAUUCAUGUACAAUUGUUUUAUGAAAAUACUCUAGAAAUUUACUUCAUAUGGUAUUAUAUAUGAAUAUAAAAGUAUUUCUGUUCAGUCUGUGUGGAGAUGAUAAUGUAUGAUGUUAAGAGACUGUGGUACAGUUUGUUUUCUGUAUUAUGGUGGUGAUUUCAUGCCUAGAGACUGCAUGGAACCGUACUAUUGCUAGCAUCACCAAUCAUACCUGUGCUCACCCUCUUCAAGACAGACCUCAUGUGCUGAAAUGGCUUACUCAAGCUUUUCUUUUUAAGAGAAAGCUAUCAGUUAGUGAUGCCACUAUAUGCAACUUAAGAUGGUGUUUAAACAUGGUGCAGUGUUGAAACCAUUUUUGUGAAAUCAAAGAAAUCUAUGCAAGUAAACUUACAAUCCUCAUUGUAUGUCCCUAGAAACAUAGAGUGAAUGUCACAAACCAAGUGUUUCGUGUUAAUAUAGUGUUUUAAUUGGGCAAAGUGGUCCAAAAACCCUUUGUCAUGCACAUGUGUCUUAAAGGGCAUUUGAUUUACAACAAAAGGCAAUCAUAUAGUGACCUCAUCCUCGGAGUCUUUUUCCUCUCCAGCAGACCAAUAUUCUUCAUAUAAGAGCUGCUCAUCAGAACUAAUAUGAUGCAAAUUGUAUGCUGUAUCUUGCAUAAUGGAUAUGGUAAAAUUGUGUAGGAGCCGACUGUAGGUGGCUAUAUAUGGACAGUUUGUUUUUUUCAAUGGGAAUGACCAAUAUACUGCUGUCUUACUCUGAUUCGUAACACUCCUCUUUUUGUAUUUCUUUGUUUAUUCUUUUCAUGAAAUUAAAGGGAAAUAUGCAGGCUGUAUCAACCAAGAUUGCUCCAAUUUUUUUAAUCACAAUUUUAAAGACUAUUCAGAACUUAUUAUUUUUAUAUCUGAUAAUGAACUGUUCUCUAUGUAUAUGUAUGUUUGUAUGUGAGGCCACGUGUUUGGGGAGAAUCGGGCCACAGGGGGUGUCUUGUACUGGAAUUAAUUUACAUGAAUUAGUCAAAUUGUUUUAUAUUGUUGCUGCUGUAUUUUAACAAUCACAGUGCAAGUGAGAAAUAUGUCCUUGUGAUCUCUCAUUGCCUCUAUUGUAUAACACAGGCCAUAUAUUUUUUCAGCACAUUUGCGCUUGGGAGAGCAGGAUUUUAUUCAUGUAUUAAAAAAUGAUCAAGUUUAAACAAAAUAAAUCUUGCAAUACA